CUUCGAACCAGCCUGGUUCAAACAAACAUGGAGGAGGACACGGCAACCGAGUCGGUUGAGAAAACAACCUACGUUCGCGAAGCCGAAAGCCAUGAAACCCUGUCCGAUGUUCUUCGUGGUGCCGAAUACCCAGCAAAACAGCCUGCCAAUUGGGGCCUUGCCGGCGAAGUCAUGGCCAUGCAAAAACGAGAUCUGGCCGCGGGCUACAGCAAGCGUGAACUCGGCAUCACCUGGCAUAACUUGACCGUCGACGUCCUUUCAGCAGAAGCCUCCGUCAAUGAAAACUUCUUCUCCCAAUUCAACCUCUACCAGCUGGCGCGCGACCUCCGAAAGAAACCCUCAGUUCGAUCCAUUUUGCAAGACAGCCAUGGCUGUGUGAAGCCAGGAGAAAUGCUGCUGGUGCUGGGAAGACCGGGCUCUGGUUGUACGACAUUGUUGAACGUCCUCUCGAACCGAAGGGCAGGCUAUCGUUCAGUCUCAGGCGAUGUGAAAUUCGGUACCAUGACACCCGAGGAAGCCAUCCCGUACAAAAGUCAAAUUGUGAUGAACAGUGAGGAGGAGAUCUUUUUCCCUACACUCACUGUCGGACAAACUAUGGAUUUCGCUACCCGCUUGAAGACGCCCUUCCAUCGUCCCGAAGGGGCUGCUCCAGCAGACUGGGCAAAUGAUUUCAAGCGAUUCCUCAUGGAAUCUAUGAAAAUCUCGCACACGGAAGGCACCAAGGUCGGAAAUGAGUUUGUGCGUGGUGUGUCCGGCGGAGAGCGAAAGCGUGUUUCGAUUAUCGAGUGUAUGGCGACCAGGGGAUCGACAUUCUGCUGGGAUAACAGUACUCGAGGCCUGGACGCAUCUACUGCGCUCGAGUGGGCGAAAGCCUUGCGUGCAAUGACCGACAUUCUGGGUCUCACUACCAUUGUGACGCUCUACCAAGCGGGAAAUGGUAUCUUCGAUCUCUUCGACAAAGUCCUCGUGCUGGAUGAGGGGAAACAGAUCUUCUAUGGCCCAGCUUCCUCGGCGAAGCCCUUCAUGGAAGAACUAGGCUUCGGAUUCACCGAUGGUGCCAAUGUGGCUGACUAUCUUACCGGUGUUACAGUGCCAACUGAGCGGAAGAUUCUACCUGGUUAUGAGGGCACAUUUCCUACAAACGCAGAUGAGCUCCUUGGAAUAUACCAGAAGUCCGAUAUCUACCAGAAGUCUACGAUUGAGUAUGACUAUCCUUCUACACCGCUGGCUCAAGAACGGACAAAUGCGUUCAAAGACUCGGUAGCAUUUGAGAAGAGCACCUCACUACCCAAGGGCAGCCCCUUAACCACCUCCUUCAACCACCAGCUUAAGGCAUGCAUUACCCGCCAAUACCAAAUUAUCUGGGGAGAAAAAUCCACCUUCAUGAUUCGACAAUUCGUGUCCCUCGCUAUGGCUCUGAUUGUCGGGUCAUGUUUCUAUGACUCACCAGCUACCUCCGCCGGUAUCUUCACCAAAGGUGGUGCGGUCUUUUUUGCGCAUGUAUACCAGGUCACGAUGGCGAUGGCCGAAGUGACAGGCUCUUUUAAGGGGCGGCCCGUUCUGACCAAACACAAAUCCUUCGGCUACUAUCACCCGGCAGCAUACGCUAUAGCAAUCCUGACUGCGGAGUUACCAGUGGUUCUCUUUCAAUGUACCAUCUUUUCUGUUGUUUUAUACUGGAUGGUUGGCCUGAAAGCAACUGCUGCUGCCUUCUUUACCUUUUGGAUCAUUCUUAUUGCUAUAACCUUGUGUGUGAAUGCAUUGUUCCGAUCUAUUGGUGCUGCUUGCAGUAAUUUGGAGGUGGCUUCUAAGGUGUCUGGCGUCAUGAUGAAGGGCUUGGUCAUGUAUACCGGCUACAUGAUCCCGAAACCUGACAUGAAACACUGGUUUGUCGAACUUUAUUACGCCAAUCCAUUGGCCUACGCUUUUCAAGCAGGACUUACAAACGAAUUCCACGAUACAAACAUGCCGUGUGUUGGGCAAAGUCUGAUCCCGCACGGCGCUGGCUACGACGACUCCACCUACCAGUCUUGCGCCGGUGUUAAGGGAGCAGAGAAAGGUGCCACAUAUGUGACUGGAGACAACUACCUUGCAGCUCUUCACUACAAGCACUCUCAGCUCUGGCGCAACUUUGGAGUUGUAUGGGGGUGGUGGGCAUUCUUUGUCACCAUUGCGAUUGUAUCAACAUGUAUGUGGAAGGCUGGAAGUGCAGGCAGCAGCUCGCUUCUGAUUCCACGCGAGAAAAUGAAGCAUUUCAAACGUGCCAAGGACGAGGAAGCUAUUUCGUCCGACAACAAGCAGCACCAAGUCAACGCCCCUAUUCCCGCCGAUGAUGCUCAGAACCAAACCAGUCUUAUGCGAAAUACGUCGGUGUUUACAUGGAAAAACCUUGUGUAUACCGUUAAGACACCUUCUGGAGACCGUGUUCUUUUGGACAAUAUCUACGGAUGGGUCAAGCCCGGAAUGCUUGGCGCUUUAAUGGGAUCAUCUGGAGCUGGCAAGACAACAUUAUUGGAUGUCCUAGCGCAGAGAAAGACAGAAGGCACAAUUCAAGGCACUGUCCUAGUGGAUGGCCGUGAGCUUCCGAUGUCCUUCCAGAGAAUGGCAGGAUACUGCGAACAACUUGAUGUCCACGAAGGAUACGCUACAGUCAGGGAAGCGCUUGAAUUUUCUGCUCUUCUCCGUCAACCCGAACAUGUUCCUAAGGAAGAAAAGCUAGCCUAUGUCGACACUAUCAUCGAUUUGUUGGAGCUUCACGAUCUUGCAGACACAUUGAUCGGAACUGUUGGCGAAGGGCUUAGCGUCGAGCAACGAAAGCGCGUCACAAUUGGUGUCGAGCUUGUGUCCAAGCCUAGUAUUCUUAUCUUCUUGGACGAGCCCACGUCCGGCCUUGAUGGUCAAUCGGCUUAUAACACGGUCAGAUUUUUGCGCCGGUUGGCCGAUGCUGGUCAGGCAAUCUUGGUCACCAUUCACCAACCUUCCGCUCAAUUAUUUGCUCAAUUUGAUACAUUGCUUCUACUUGCUAAAGGAGGUAAGAUGGUGUACUUCGGAGACAUUGGCGAUAACGCCUGCACGGUCAAGAAUUACUUUGCGCAAUAUGGAGCACCCUGCCCAGUGCGCAGUAACCCUGCGGAGCAUAUGAUCGAUGUGGUCACUGGUGGCAUUGAAGACGUGAAGGAUAAGGAUUGGCACCAAAUUUGGGUAGACUCGGCCGAAAAUGCGGCUGCUAUGGUUGAGCUUGAUCAUAUCGUUGCCGACGCUGCCGCAAAGCCGCCAGCAACCUUGGAUGACGGUAAUGAGUUCGCUACUUCGCUUUGGACUCAAAUCAGACUUGUCACAAAGCGUAUGAGUGUAUCUCUGCUCAGAAACACGAAAUAUGUGAACAACAAGCUGGAGUUGCAUAUCAUCUCUGCCUUGCUCAACGGUUUCUCAUUCUGGCAACUUGGAGAUUCGGUUGGUGCGCUUCAAUUGAAAAUGUUUACCAUCUUCAACUUCACCUUUGUUGCACCCGGUGUCAUCAACCAGCUCCAGCCUCUUUUCAUUCAACGCCGAGACAUCUACGACGCUCGUGAAAAGAAAUCAAGAAUGUAUUCUUGGAAAGCCUUUGUUACGGGUCUCAUUGUGUCCGAGUUCCCCUAUCUCUGCCUGUGUGCUGUCUCAUACUUUGUCUGCUGGUACUACCAGACCAACUUGCCAACUGCAUCCAAGAACGUCGGAGCAACAUUCUUCAUCAUGUUGAUAUAUGAGUUUAUCUAUACCGGCAUUGGGCAAUUCAUCGCGGCAUACGCACCAAACGCUACCUUUGCAGCCUUGGUAAACCCCCUCAUUGUCAACAGCUUGGUGUUGUUCUGUGGUGCCUUUGUUCCCCAGCCAGAGCUAAACGUGUUUUGGAAGUAUUGGUUCUACUAUCUGAACCCCUUCAACUAUGUUGUGGGUGGUAUGUUCACCUUCGGUAUUUGGGAUGCGAAGGUGGAAUGCAAGACCUCUGAAUUUGCUUACUUCGACCCGCCCAACGGAACUUGCAAGGAUUACCUGGCUGGUUACAUGGCUGGAGCCGGAUCUGCCAUCAACUUGAUCAAUCCGGAGGCAACUUCCCAGUGCCAGGUCUGUGAAUAUUCGGCUGGAAGUGACUAUUUGAAGACCCUCAACAUCAACGCCUACUACUACGGUUGGAGAGAUGCCGGAAUCUGUUGCAUCUAUGCUAUCAGCGGAUACGUCUUGGUCUUUGCCUUGAUGAAGCUUCGAACCAAGGCUUCUAAGAAGGCGGAGUAA